AUGCUGACUGCAUUUCCGAAGAACGUAUUACUGAUUGUGUCACAGAACAUCUUGGAAGACUUCUACAUCCUCAUCCUCCCUAUAUAUACCGUCAUGAAUCUCCAAAUGUCGCUUCGACGCAAAGCUGCCGUACUGGGCGUCAUGGUCUUUGGCAGCAGUUCCGUCAUCAUUGCAUGUUUCCGACUCAUGCCCCUCCUCGAGCUCAACGACUCACCGGACACGUCAUGGGUGCUGGGAAAGAUGGUCAUUGUCGCAGCACUCGAAAUACAAUUUGCGAUCAUCGCGGUCAACCUGCCGAGCCUCAAGGCACUGUGGACAAAGUUUGGGGGCGGAAGUUCAUCUGGAUCGGGGCCUGGCGGAGGCAGCUCAACCCAAAAAGGCUACAAGCUCUCGUCGCUUGGCCAGAUUGUGACUAUCGGUUCUGAAGCAAAAGGACCGCGGGGAUCGAGAUGGGGGAAGAAAGCUCGCAGAGGGAGCAUCACACGGUUGGAACAAGGCGUCACAGCUACUGAAUCGGAAGAAGAGCUGUGUCGGAAGGGCGGAACAACAUCACAGACAGGGCACUUGGCACCAGAGGGCGACAUUGGCGCUAUCAAGGUUACGAAAGAUUACGAUGUAAAGAGUUCAGACUGUACAGGGCGCAAGGAGCCCGCCGGCAUCACCUCAGACUACUACUUGAAGAGUAUGUAA